GAUUAAUGCAGUUAAGCCCCAGGCUGGCUCCCUCGCUUUUCCAGCUUUAAAUAUCCCAAAUUCCCCUUUACCUUCUUCCCCCCGCCCACCGUCAAGCACGAAAUCUACAGUGUGUGAGUCUGUCACAAGGCAAAAAAGCAUCACCGCCCGUGAACUCGAGAGGCGGAGAUAAUUGCUGAUCUUACAGAAGCGGAAAUGGCCGGGAGAGUAGAUCUGGACGGCAAUCCGAUUAAGCCUCUGACGAUAUGUAUGAUCGGCGCCGCAGGUUUCAUCGGAUCUCACCUCUGCGAGAAGCUCAUGUCGGAGACGCAGCACAAGGUGCUGGCGGUGGAUGUUUAUAAUGACAAGAUCAAGCACCUCCUCGAGCCUGGCUCCUCUGCUUGGGCCGAUCGAAUCCAGUUCCACCGCCUCAAUAUAAAAAACGAUUCUCGCCUUGAAGGCCUCAUCAAAAUGGCAGAUCUGACAAUAAAUCUUGCUGCGAUAUGCACACCAGCUGAUUAUAACACGCGCCCUCUGGACACAAUUUAUAGCAACUUCAUAGAUGCUCUGCCCGUGGUCAAGUACUGUUCUGAGAAUGGAAAACGACUAAUUCACUUUUCCACAUGUGAAGUUUAUGGGAAAACCGUUGGUUCCUUCUUACCCAAGGAUAGUCCAUUGCGGCAGGAUCCUUCCUACUAUGUCCUCAAGGAAGAUGCAUCCCCUUGCAUUUUUGGCUCAAUUGAGAAGCAAAGAUGGUCAUAUGCGUGUGCAAAGCAAUUGAUUGAGCGGUUGGUUUAUGCUGAGGGGGCUGAGAAUGGCCUAGAGUUUACAAUUGUGAGGCCCUUCAACUGGAUUGGUCCUAGGAUGGAUUUCAUUCCUGGCAUUGAUGGACCUAGUGAGGGUGUUCCCAGAGUUUUAGCAUGCUUCAGUAAUAACCUUUUAAGGCGUGAACCGCUGAAGCUUGUUGAUGGAGGGCAGUCCCAGAGAACGUUUGUCUAUAUCAAGGAUGCCAUUGAAGCUGUUCUUUUGAUGAUCGAAAAUCCCGCUAGGGCCAAUGGGCAUAUUUUUAACGUGGGAAAUCCUAACAAUGAAGUUACGGUCAGGCAGCUUGCUGAAAUGAUGACAAAGAUCUAUUCAAAUGUGAGCGGGGAAGACCCUCUCGAAACACCAACAAUUGAUAUAAGCUCUAAAGAAUUUUACGGGGAGGGGUACGACGACAGUGACAAACGAAUCCCAGACAUGACCAUAAUUAAUAGACAGCUUGGCUGGAACCCAAAGACUUCUUUAUGGGACUUGCUUGAAUCCACACUCACAUACCAACACAGAACAUAUGCACAGGCAAUCAAGAAGGCAAUUUCAAAGCCUAUUGCAAGCUGAGGGUAAAAUGGUAAACGCCACCUAUCCCUCGUAAAGCGCUACAUGGAUACAAUAUAUUCCUCCGAGUAAAAAAAAAAAUGCUCCGCAACUCAUGUUCCUCUUUUCCCCCAAUGUAUUGCACUUUAUUAUUAGUGAAUGCCACUGUACCUUUCCUUGAGACAGAAGAGAUUCACAGCUGGGAGUUGUAAUGAACCAUGAGAGGUUGCCUAUAGCAAUGGGUUCUUAAUUUAAUUAUUUUGUAGGAAAUAAAAUGUCGCAGAUUCUUUGUUCCUAAACAUUUCUAACACGACACGUACCAAAUUGUCGAGUCUGUUUAUCCCUUUA